GUCUAUUUUCCGUUUGUACCCUUCUUUUCUCUUCUCUUCUAGAAGCCUUCCUUUCUUCCUCCAGGAGAGGGGGAAAUUAAGGGAAGCAGGAGGAUAGGACGACUCGAGCUCGAGGAAACAAGGAAGACGAGGAGGCGAGGCGACCAAACACAAACCCCACCCCAUUCCUCCUCCAACCCUAGCAGCCAGCUAGCAGCCGAGGCAUGCGAGCCACAAUGCCGCCCACCGAUUCCUCCUCCCCGGCCGCGCCGCUCGCCUCCAUCGGCCGCUCCAUCCGCUCCCUCCGCCGCGACCAGAACCAGAUCCACUCCUUCCACGCCGCCGGAGACUCCGACCUCGACGCCGCCGACGCCUUCCAGCGCCGCGCCGCCGACCUCCUCACCGACCUCCUCGCCGACGGCCAGCCCGACCUGCUCUCCCUCGCCUGGACCAGCCGCCUCCUCGACGCCUUCCUCCUCUGCCUCGAUGAGUUCCGCGCCCUCCUCUUCGGCCCCGGGGCCGCAGCCGCCGCGCGCCCCCCGCUCGACCGCCUCGUCGCCGACUUCUUCGACCGCGCCGUCAAGGCGCUCGACCUAUGCAACGCCGUCCGCGACGGCCUUGACCUCGUCCGCCAGUGGCGCAAGCAUCUCGCCAUCGCCGCCGCCGUCCUCGCCGCGGCUCCGCUCGGGGAGGCCCAGAUCCGCCGCGCCCGCAAGGCGCUCACCGACCUCACCAUCCUUAUGCUCGACGACAGGGACGGCGGCGGGGGCGUCGUCGGCCAGCGCAACCGCUCCUUCGGGCGCGCCAACAAGGACGCACGCCCCCACGCCCAAGCCCAGGGACACCACCGACGGAGCAGCAGCGGCGGCAGCUCAGGCUCAGGCUCAGGCUCCCACCUCAGGUCCUUGUCGUGGAGCGUCUCACGGGCCUGGUCCGCGGCGCGCCAGCUGCAGGCCAUCGGCGGAGGCCUACCGGUGCCCCGCCCGAACGACAUCACCGCCACAGGAGGCCUUGCUUCCGCAGUCUACGCCAUGGGCGCCGUGCUCUUCAUCGUCGCCUUUGCGCUUGUGGCUGCAAUACCGUGCCAGGACCGCGGACUCCAGGCGCAUUUCUCGGUGCCCAGGAACUUCCCCUGGUCUGGCCCCGUCACCACGCUCUACGACCGCAUCAUCGAAGAGUCCAAGAAGAAGGACCGCAAGAACUCGUGCGGCCUGCUCAAGGAGAUCCACCAGAUUGAGCUCUGCUCCAGGCACCUCAUGGACAUCACUGACACCGCCGAGUUCCCGUUGCCCGAGAAGAGGGAUGCUGAUGUGCAGGAAGCUACGCGGGAGUUAGUCCAGGUGUGCCAAUCGCUCAAGGACGGGCUCGAUCCUCUUGAGAGGCAGGUCAGGGAGAUGUUCCACCGGAUUGUGCGCACCCGCACAGAAAUCCUGGACUGCUUGAGCAGGCCCCAUGGCACAGAGUGAUGAGGUAGGCAGGCCAAGAGGGAAUGCUUGGUGUGAUGCCGCUUGAUUGAACAUCGUGUGAAAUGUCACGGCUUCACUGAUCGAAAUGAGGUAGCUUUUCUUUGCAUGUGUUAGCAGCUACAUGAUAUACAUAUGUCUGCAUAGAGGCGUGGCCUUUGGAUAAAUUGGUUUCUUUAUUUUUUAUUUGUUUUUUUACCUUUGUAGAUUGUGAAUCCUUACUUUGUAGUAAUGGCCUAAUACUAUUUGUUCCAUUCUUUUCAUCUGGGCUGAAUUGGUAAUGUGAGUCGCUUCAGGGAUUGGUUUA